AUGUCUUUGGAGAGCAAAGCAUGUUCAUGUGAGUGGUGGGAUAAAAGUGGACUUCCAUGUAAACAUGCUGCUAGUGCCAUUGGCUAUAAGAGAGACAAUAUUGAGGAUUAUUGUCAUGAAUAUUACCACAUAAGCAAUUACCUCAAGGUAUAUAAAGGAGUAAUUCAUCCAAUUCCACAAAGCUACUUGGAACUAGAUAAUGAUUUUCCAGCCUUAGAUCCUCAGCCACUGAAAAGGCAACCUGGCAGACCUAGGGAAGCAAGAAGGAGAGAGGAAGGGGAACUUGCUCUUGCUUUAAAGAGAAAAAGGAAUGCUAUUAUCAUUUGUGGAAGAAUGCUAGUGGAAGAAAGAGAAAGGGCAAAAGCAAUCAGUCAUAACAGGCAAUAA